AUGAAAUUAUUUUGUCGAGUGCUGAAAUUAAUUCAUUUUAUUGUAACGGUGUUGAUGACCGUUUACGAUUAUUUAAUAACAAUAAAAGACAAUUUGAUUAAUUACCUACGGCCUAAGACAUUAAAGUGUAUUGAUACAAUUGUUGACGUAUGUGACGUUAGUAAACUUGAGAAGCUACCAAGCCACCUGGUUAUUGUCGUUGCUUCCAAGGACAAAGUAUCAUUUUCCGAUCUUGCUAAAAUUGUAGGCUGGUGUUGUACACUUGGAAUACCAAACAUAACUUUUUAUGAUAGAGAAGUGCCGGAUCCAGAUCUUGCUAUUAUUACUGGUCGAACAUUUUCAACUUUUGGUUUAUUGCCCUGGCAUAUUAGAUUAACGGAAUUUUACAACGUACCAACGCAUCAUAAUAUAUCACCGCAUAAAUUUAUUAAUAUUUUAGAAGCAUUUGCCAAAUGUCACCAACGAUUUGGUACUUAA